AUGGAUAAUGAAACGACUGCAGAAAAUACUGGGACUGCUGAAGAGGUUAAGGCUAGCGAAAACCACGAAAAAGAAAGUGAUCGAGCGAGUACAGUUGGUGAAACAGUAACCAAUGAAGGUGACCAAAUGGAAGGAAUGAUAGGUACAGAAGGUGAUACGGUUAAAGAAGGUGAACUUCCUGAAGGGGAAACAGGUGAAGCUGUAGUAGCAGAGGAAGGUGAUGAAAAACAUAUAGAGCAAGAAGAAGGCAUAGAGGGUGAAGAUGUUGAAGGUGAAACUACAGUUCCGGAAGGAGAACAUAUCGAAGGUGAACAUGUUGAAGGAGAAGAACAAGAAAAAGGCGAAAACGUAGAAGGAGAAGAAGCUCUAGGUGAAGCAUUGGAUGGUGAAGAAUUAGAAAAAGUCGAAGAAGGCCUUGUACCUGAAGAACAUGUCGAAGAGGAAGAGCAAUACGUUGAGGAACCACCUCCUGAUCCAGCUGCUCCAUUUGAUUUUAGUGACUCUAAGGAAGCCAUAAAAGCACCCUAUGAAUUGCGACCUGAUCAGUUAGCCGAAGUAGAAAAAUUAUGGGAAUUAUUCCAAAAUCACACUCCAGCAUAUGCUGAAUUGGAUGGAUUUAUUACAGAAAAAGAAUUAGUUUACAUGUUAAAAAGUCUUAUGAUUAUGACAUAUACAAGUGAACAACUUCAAGAGCUAGUGGCCUUUUGUUGCAGACCACCACAUCCAGAGGGCCAUAUAAUUUAUGAACAAUUUUUAAAAAUGGUAACAAUAAGACAGAGAGACUUUCCUAUUGAAGAGGAAAUCCGGUCUGCAUUACAAGUAUUCGACCCAGAUAGAACAGGAUUGGUAGAACGAGAAUACUUGAAAGAAGUUUUGUCGAAACAGGGUAAUAAAAUGUCUGCACGUAAUUUAGAUAAUCUUAUUAAAGAAGUCGACAUGAGUAAUGAUGGUACCAUCGGAAUAGAAGAUAUAGUUGCAACAAUGUGUAUUGAUUUGAAUGAAGAGGACAUGCAAAUGCUUAGAGCGACUGCAUACCCGGAAAGGCGAGCAGAACCUCAGCAAGACACAGGUUUAGCAGACGAAGGCGGUAAUGAGGAUUGA